GCACCAAGGGAUUCUGAUGAUACUAACGGUAGUAUUUCCUCCUAAUUCUCAUUCAAUAUCGGCGCAAUGAGGUUUCUUAGAAGCUUGGCAUUAUGCCUUUUGCCAUUGACAGCUUUGGCGGCCAAGAAGUCGACGGGCGAUACUUUCCACGAUUUCCACGCCCGCUCGUUGUCCUCAGCACCCAUCAAGCUUAAUGAUGCGCUCUUCGAUGAGCUCACCUCGACGCCGCGGGACUAUACUACUGCGGUCCUACUCACCGCAACUGAGGCUCGCUUUGGCUGCCAAAUGUGCCGCGAAUUCCAACCUGAAUGGGACGUUCUUGCCAAAAGCUGGGUCAAGGGUGACAAAGCCGGUGAAUCGCGGGUAAUUUUUGGAACCUUGGAUUUCAUCGACGGCAGAAAUUCCUUUGCGAAGCUGAUGCUCCAAACUGCACCUGUUUUGAUGCUCUUCCCGCCGACGACUGGUCCCGAUGCCAAGCUUGAUGGCCAGCCUCUCCGUUACGAGUUCACAAGCGGCCCCCAGACGGCAGAGACAGUCCACCGCUGGCUAUCUCGUCACCUAUCCGAGGGUCCAAGACCUCCAAUCAUCCGGCCAAUCAAUUACAUUCGGAUUAUCUCUUUGACAACAAUUGUCCUUGGACUCAUUACCCUCUUUAGUGUCGCUUCACCUUAUGUCUUGCCCAUUGUACAGAAUAGAAACAUCUGGGCGGCUAUCAGCUUGAUCAUGGUUCUUUUGUUCACCAGUGGACACAUGUUCAACCAUAUCCGUAAAGUUCCUUACAUUGCAGGCGAUGGUAAAGGUGGGAUCAGUUAUUUCGCCGGAGGAUUCUCAAAUCAAUUCGGCCUUGAAACCCAGAUUAUUGCCGCCCUAUAUGGCAUACUCUCUUUUGCGGCCAUCUCCCUCGCACUCAAAGCACCUCGCAUCGCCAGCGCCAAGACCCAACAGGUCGCAGUGAUUGUUUGGGCAAUCAUUAUGCUGGGAGCAUACAGCUUCCUCCUAAGCAUUUUCAGGACGAAGAAUGCAGGAUACCCGUUUUGGUUGCCUCCCUUCUAAGGAAGCAAAAGUUAGAUUUCGCUUUGCAAAUAAAUUGAACGGAGAUUGGCAUUGUCAGCUCUACUUAUACACCAAGAAUUCACUGAAUAUUGAAAAAGUAUAUUCUCUCGCCAAUAGAUAAAAAAAAUAAAAACAAAACAG